AUGAGGUCUAUAACUUUCUUCCUAGGUCUGACUGGCAAUGGCCUCGUCAUCUGAGUGGCCGGCUUCCACAUGCCCUGCACAGUCAACACGGUAUGGUACCUCAACUUGGCCAUGGCUGACUUUACCAUCAUCUUCUUGUUGCCUCUCCAGCUCAUCUUGCUGGCUCUGAACUACCACUGGCUCUUUGGCCAGUUGCUCUUGUCCCUAUGGCUGGACUUUGCCUCCUAUCAAGAGAAUAGAGAGGACCUACACCAGGUGGUCUUAGUUAUAGACCCCUUAAUAUCAGCUAUGGCCUUUAUCAACAGCUGCCUCAAGCUGGUUCUCUAUUUCUUCAUUGGGCAUGAUUUCUAG